UUCAUAGAUUCUUGACAUACUUACAGUUUCAGUUUCUACUUAGGGUUUCAUAUAUCAAGAAGAAGAUGACUUCUGCCGGAGCAACAACCAAGGGCGGCCGUGGUAAGCCAAAGGCUACAAAAUCUGUGACGAAAUCUUCAAAGGCAGGUCUACAAUUCCCCGUCGGAAGAAUCUCCCGAUUUCUCAAGGUCGGAAAGUACGCUGAACGUGUCGGAGCCGGAGCUCCUGUCUAUCUCGCCGCCGUCCUCGAAUACCUCGCUGCCGAGGUUUUGGAAUUGGCUGGAAAUGCUGCAAGAGAUAACAAGAAGAAUAGGAUAGUUCCAAGGCAUAUUCAACUGGCAGUUAGGAACGAUGAAGAACUGAGCAAGCUUUUGGGAACGGUUACCAUUGCUAAUGGAGGUGUUCUUCCUAAUAUCCAUCAAAAUCUUUUGCCCAGGAAAGCUGGCAAAGAUAAAUCUGAGAUUGGAUCUGCCUCUCAGGAGUUUUAAUUUGAUCUUACUUAUGCUUUGUAAAUUGCUUUAAUUUUUCUAGAUUUAAUGGAAGUUUUGAAG